UGUUGCAAAUUCAAAAUAGAGACAUGUUCAAAACACGCGGUGUGCAGAUGUUUAUAAAGAAUAAUAAACGCAGCAAACCAGCAGAGGACUCUGUGUCUGUUGCAAAUUCAAAAUAUUGACGGCGAAAGUAGAGCUGCUGCAACCCGAAGCUAGGUGGAAAUAGUGUUAUAAUGAAGCGACGAGUGCGUGUUGGUGGUGAAGAUGUGCUAAAUGCACGAGAUCGUCUCAAGGGAGCCCUGCAGGAAGUUUUAGAACAUAGUGAUGAGUCUUCAGUAUCAAGCCAGGAUGAAGGAAUUCAGUCAGACUCCUUUGCUCGAGUCAGUGUCCCAGUCAAGAAACCAACAGUGGAAGCGAUUAACAGAUCCCGGACACAGCGCAAGCGACGUCGACGUGAAACCAUUAAGGAAGGGGAUUUCCAUCACACUUAUGUGAUGAAGCUGUUUGACAGAAGUGUUGACCUGGCCCAGUUCAAGGAGGAUGCUCCAUUGUACCCAGUGUGCCGUGCCUGGAUGGCUAAUCAGCCACAUAACACAAACCUUGUACCAAAGAUGCGAACACCUACGCCAGAACCACCUACGGAGGAUGUAAUGGAACAAAAUGCAAAGGAUCCUGUACGCAACAUGUACAAGAUGCCUCCACCAGAACCCCUGCAGUUAGACCAAAAGAACUAUCAAGUCAACAUUCGAAUACCAUCACCAUUACCCAGGGAGUGUACAGAGGAUAUUAUUCUUGAUUAUGACAUACAGCCUGCUGUGCCAAAGGAGAUGCUAUUGCAAGAACAUCUAACUCGCUGGACAGCUGUAAGAAAAAAAUGGAUUGCAGCUGCUCAAUAUAAUGAAAGUCGAUAUGGUGAUAGUGGCAAUAUUCUCAGAGCAAUAUUCAAAAGGGCCCAGAAUCUCUGAGAUGAAAGGGAGGACAUGGACUGUACAAAGAAAAAUAUGUUGAUGCGCAACCUUGAGUACCAGUCAUCCUGAUUUUCAUAUGAAGGAACGAAGGAUGCAUUUAAAGCAACAUGGUGCACAUAGAACUGUUACCCUAUCCUUGUGUACACUUUGUUUGUGUCUAUAU